AUGUCUGUUUGCCAAGGAAACGAAAAUAUUGCAAGUUAUUAUACAACCAAACACUCAUGGCGUGGAAAAUAUAAAAGGAUCUUUUCAGUGGGCAGCAAGGCUAUAACAACGUAUAAUCCUAAUACGUUAGAAAUAACCAAUCAGUGGGCCUACACCGACUUUUUUGGUAUACAAAUCACUCCCAAACCCGGCUAUGAAUUUACCAUUACCAUUAGGAAAGGUAAAAAAUCGCAAACUAUGACCUUUUCAACGGAAUAUCGAGCAGAUGUGAUCACGGAAGCAUUGCGCUUUAGGGGUUCAUAUGCCACCGAUAGAGAAAAACGGAUUACUGAAGAUAGAUAUGUUGCUUAUAAGCAGCAUUGGAGUGAUACUCGUGUUCAAACAAUCUUACAAGUCACGCCGGCAUCUUUAGAUCAAAUCAACCCUGCUACUGGAAAUUUAACUUGUAGCUAUGAUUAUAAAGAUAUUGAAGGCAUAACAACAGUAUCUGAUUGCCCAGGAGGUUUCGCUGUUAUUCAUGGAGGUUUUGGUAGAUUGCAUGUAUUUGCUUCUGAAAGCCGGGAUGAAAUUUUAAGGAAAAUCACAGAAUUAUCUCUCAAUGUAGUCGGUUAUAGUAUCAGAGUCCGAAAAAAUCCAAUCACAUUGACUGAAUUUGAGGAAAAACGACUAGGAAAAUUUAGUGAUGAUGAACAUAUCACAUCUCUGUCUGAGUUCAGAGUUCAAAAGAUAACAAAUAGAUAUCCGGAUCCGACUUCUCGCUUAUUUUGCUUAACCGAAACCUGUAUUAUUGAACGAGAUCCAGCAACUUAUAAUAUUGUUACAUGUCGGCCAUUUGGCGAUAUUUAUGCUUUAAUCCGUUAUUCUGACAAUCCGCAAAAGUUUGCUGUAGAAUAUAUUCGUGGUCAAAUAAGAAAAUAUUAUUCUACCGAAAGAGAUUCGCUUCUCGCAAGUGUUUUAGAUGGAGCUAGAGCUGGUGGCAAUUCUGAAGUUUGUGUUAAAAUGCUCGAAACAAAGAGAGGAUUAAGAUUUGGACCAUUUCAUUCUCCAGUGGAUGAAGAUAUAGAAAGCUUACUUCUGAAAUGGCUACAAACUCCGCCAAGCUCUGGUAUCAGUGAGGCUAUCGAACGUUUUAAUGCCAACAUAUCAUACAGCGGAUUAUUGUAUGCUGUAACGCAAGAAGGAUUAUUUGCUGAAAAUAAAGAAAAGCUCAUAAAUGGAGCUCUUAUUGCUUUCUUACUAAAUGAGCGAAGCCAUGAUACUUUGUCGAAUGAUGAAAUUGAAGCUCAGUUUCAUGUCUUACGUCGCAUAGUUGCAUCAAAAAUUGGAUUUCAAGCAUUUACUACAUUACCUAGUUUCCGUGAAAAAAUUGGUGGCAAGAUACUAAAAUCCCUUAAAAGAAACAACGAUGGAAUUUCUCAUGCUGCUAUUGAUAUGUUAUGUGCUUUAAUGCAGCCUAUGCAUGCAAAUUACGAUCUCCGUCAAGAGCAGCUGAAUAAAUCAUCAUUAUUAUCGUCUUCUUCUUUCGUGGAAAAUUUGUUGAAACUACUAGCUAGCCACGUUGAUCGCGGAACUGGAGCACUGGUCGUUAGUGCGUUACUAGAUUUUAUAACUUUCGCAUUAUGUGCUCCUUACAGUGAAACUACUGAUGGAGCACAAUUUGAUACAGUAUUGGAAUUGGUAGCUGACCUCGGAAGAUCAUUCUUUAGAUUAUUUGAGCAUCCUUCCCUUGCAAUUCUGAAAGCUGCUGGGCUGAUAAUGAAGUCAUUAAUUGAGGAAGGCAAUGAAGAAGUAUCAACGAGACUCCAGGAACUAGCAUUAUCGGAAGGGGCUCUUCCCCGACAUGUACAUAUUGCUAUGUUUACAAGUAGUACGGACGGUAGAAUGUUGACUUUAAGGCAAUUGAGUCGGCAUCUUGUAAGCUUAUGGACUGAAGGAAAUCCCAAAGCCAUGGAACUAUUUGGUAGAAUACUGCCCGCUGGCUUAGUAGCAUAUCUAGAAUCUUCUGAUGUUGCUCCGGAUGACGAUAUUGAUCGUAUGCACGUCCGUGAUAAUAUGAAGCUCGCUAAGGUCGCAUCAUCGAAAAAUAAAAAAAGUUUACAGCGGCAACAGAUUGAGGCGCUGCUUAUACAUUGGAAAACACGUCUUGGAAGGCAGAAACCAGAGCCAACUACUAACAGACCAGUAGUUUUACGAAAGCGUCGUCAAAGAUUGAAAGUAGAAUUAAACUGGCAGUAUUUCUUUUACAAAUUUUAUGAAGACCACUCUAAUGCUUGGUUAAUAUGGAAUUACAAGACUAGGGAAGAAUUAAGAGAAGCCUUAGAAAUGGAGAUGAGACUUUUCAUGCAAGAUCGGGAGCUCAGUCAAAAACAGAUAAUUUCUUGGAAUCAUGUUGAAUUUGAAGUUCGCUAUGAGAGCCUGUCUGAGGAAAUCAAAAUAGGCGAUUACUACCUUCGAUUAUUGCUGGAAGAUGACGAAUCUGUUCUUAUUAAACAAUCAUAUCAAUUUUUUAAUGACCUGUACCAUCGAUUCUUGCUAUCCCCUAAACCACAAAUGAAAGCAUUAUGCUUACAGGCAAUGGCAAUUGUGUAUGGAAAAUGUUAUGAAGAAAUUGGUGUUUUCAAUGAUACGAGAUAUAUUGUGAAAAUGAUAGAAAGGACUAUCGACAAGCUAGAAAGAGACCGUUUACUAUUUUUUGUCCAUAAGCUUAUUAAUAGAAGAGAAAAUGUUAAGGCUAUAAUGGAUGCUAAUGGAGUUAGAAUUUUUGUUGAUUUACUUACUUUAUCACAUCUGCAUGUUACAAGGGCAACCGUACCACUACAGACAAACGUCAUUGAGGCUGCUCCAGAUAUGGCUAGAGAUACAGAGAAGGAGUGGUACUAUGGAAAUGCGGACAAAGAAAGAUUAGGACCUUCAAUGAGAGAAUUUUGGGCCAGUGACGUUUUGAGACCCACUACCCGUUGUUGGGCUCAAGGGAUGGAUGGAUGGCGACCAUUACAUAGCAUACCCCAGCUUAAAUGGUGCUUAAUGGCGACUGGUACGGCUGUAAUGAAUGAAACGGAUAUGGCUGUCUUAAUUCUUAAUAUACUUAACAAAAUGUGUGAAUACUACCCUAACAAGGACGAAGAUGGAGCAAUUGUUCGUCCUAUGCCUAGAAUCAAGCGAAUGCUAAGCGAUCAGACUUGUUUGCCCCACCUUGUACAACUAUUCUUAACAUUUGAUCCUAUUAUUGUUGAAAAAACAGCCCUAUUACUUCAUUCUAUCGUCAUGGACAAUCCAAUCCUUCCGCGCUUAUAUUUAUCUGGGGCUUUCUUUUUUAUUAUGAUGUAUACUGGGUCUAAUGUUCUACCAAUUGGUAAAUUUCUUGUGGAUACGCAUAACAAGCAGGCAUUUCGCUCAGAUGAGGAGCAACAAGCAUCUGAUGUUGUAAAUCGUAGUAUACUUAGUCAAAUGUUACCAGAAGCUAUGGUUUGUUAUAUUGAAAAUUAUGGCGCAAAUAAAUUUGCCGAAGUAUUUCUCGGCGAAUUUGAUACACCUGAAACUAUUUGGAAUACAGAAAUGAGGCGAAUGAUGAUUGAAAAACUUGCAUCCCACUUGGCAGACUUUACUCCCCGAUUGCUUAGCAAUACUAGGGCACUUUAUCAGUAUUGUCCUCUUCCAAGGCUUACAUAUCCGCAGCUGGAGAAUGAACUAUUCUGUAAUAUUUACUAUCUCAGAGCUCUUUGCGACAUUGCUAGAUUUCCAGAUUGGCCUAUUAAGGAUCCCAUCAAACUUCUUAAAGAUGUUCUAAUGGAAUGGAAAAAGGAAGUUGAAAAGAAAGGCUCGUCAAUGUCAAGUGAGGAAGCAUACAAAAUUCUGGGAUUAGAAACUGGUGUAGGCGGCCAUGAAGAAUCUAAAGUUCGUAAAGCCUAUUUCAAAUUAGCGCAGAAAUAUCACCCUGAUAAAAAUCCUGAAGGAAGAGAAAUGUUCGAAACUAUCAAUAAGGCUUAUGAGUUUUUAGGCAGCAAAUCUGAGAAAAAGACCGACGGUCCGGACCCUAAUAAUAUUGUCUUAGUCUUGAGGACUCAAUCAAUUUUAUAUUCAAGAUAUAAAGAGGAUUUGGCUCCUUAUAAAUAUGCAGGAUAUCCUAUGUUAAUUAAAACGAUUAGAUUAGAAACCCAGGAUGAUACUCUGUUUUCGAAGUCAGCUCCGUUAUUGACUGCUGCUAGCGAGCUUGCCUAUCAUACGAUAGAUUGUUCGGCUUUGAAUGCUGAAGAAUUGAGAAGAGAGAACGGUUUUGAAGCUUUACAGGAAGCAUUUGAUAGAUGCAUUGCUGUUCUUGGGCCUUCAACAGAACCGGAAUCUGUUUCAGUGCAGGUCUGUAAAUACGUUAUUCGUUGCUUCGAAGCAUCUGCACAAUUCGAUGCCUGUCGCGAGAAGCUGCAAGAGCUGCCUAUAGUUAUUAAGGAUAUUGCUAGAACUAUGUACUUUAAGAAUUUGACGGUCUUAUGCACAACUGCAACUGAUUGUGUGAGUGCGUUGGCAAUAGACACCACUUUACAAGCACAAAUGUUGGCCGCUGGUGUAGUAUGGCACUUGCUAUUGUACCUGUUCAAUUAUGACUAUACGCUGGAUGAGGGUGGUGUCGAGGCUUCUACUGACACAAAUCAGCAGCUUGUAGCUAAUAAUUUGGCUAAAUUAAGUAUCAGAGCUCUGAUUAGACUAGCGGGUUUUCAAACUCCGGGUUCUAUUGAAAAAACGCCAGAUAACACUUCAAUCAAGAAGUGCGUCAGCGCCAUGUUAACGCCCUAUGUUACUAAACAGUUAGAAUUGAAGGGAUCUGUUGAGAUUUUAAAGUUGUUAAACUCUAACUCUGAGAAUCCGUAUUUGAUCUGGGAUAAUGCGACUAGAGCUCAAUUGAUUGAUUAUUUGGAGAAAGAGCAAAGUAGUAUGAUUAGAAGUGGAGAAUGCGAUCCAUCGUACGGGAAAGAUUUUACUUUUGAUGCACAUGAAAAAGAACUUAUCAUUGGAGAUAUUUUUGUUCGUAUCUAUAAUAAACAAUCAUCAUUUCCACUCGAAAAUGGGGAACAAUUUUGCUCCGAUUUACUUAAUUUCUUAGGUUCUGAAGCAGAGUACUUGCAUUCACUAAUGGCUUUGGCUGCUUCGGGACAAGAAGUUGAUAGUAAUUCUGCACGCCUUGUUAAAAGUGAAAUGGCAUUAGAAGCUUUGAGAAAUGUUAUUAAGAACAACCCAGCUUGCUCUGAACGAUGCAUCGGUCAUUUCAAGCUUCUGUUUAGCCUAUUGUGCAUGGAAAGUGAUGGCAAUUUACAGCAAAUGGCUCUUGAGGUAAUCAAUAAUGUUGCCGGUAAUAAGAAAUGUGUGCAAGAUAUCGCUGAUGCAGAUGUUCUGUCGUAUCUCUUCUUAGUUGUUGAGAUGGCACCUGAUAGUCAAGUAACAGUAAUGGAAGUUCUUAUCGCAUUGUCAUCUAACACUAAGAUAGUAAAGGAUUGCAUGUCUAAAGGUGCUGUAAUAUAUCUGCUCCACUUAUUUUGCAAUUCUACAUCACCAGAAGUUCGACAAAGUGCUGCAGAACUUCUCGCUAAAUUAACCAACGAUAAAUUAGUUGGACCCAAGGUCCGCAUUUUAUUGUCCAAGUUUUUACCGGUAAUAUUUAUUGAUGCUAUGCGGGACAGUGCUGAAGCUAGUGUCUAUAUGUUUGAAAGUAGUCAAGAGAAUCCUGAAUUGAUAUGGAACGAAGAAACAAGAGAAAAAGUAUCUAAAGUAGUUCAGAGAAUGGAAAAAGAUUUUUACCACAGGCAAAAAGAUAAUAUAUCCACUACUUGGAAGCUUCCCGAAAACUUUGCCAUAGUUUACACCAACAUUGAAGGUGAACUUACUGUUGGCGGAGUUUUCUUGCGCCUUUUUAUUUCACAACCAGCUUGGGUGUUACGAAAACCGAGAGAAUUUUUAAUAGCUCUAACAGAAAAAUUUUCGCAAUUAAUUGGGUCAACGGCACCGGAUACUGAAGUUUUAGAGACUGUUACCACUGCAAUCGUUGCUUUCUUCAACGCUCAACCAUUAAUGAUGGAUCAGUUACCUAGCUUAGGACACAUUCCACGCUUUUUUCAAAGCAUGAGUUCUAGAAAUGAUGCCAUACCUAAAGCUUCUGUCACUGUUGUGCACACGAUUACCUCUAGUGAUAUUUGUAUUAGAGCUAUGACGGAGACCGAAUGCAUUGGUUCAGUUAUGGUUGCAAUGAAGAAAAGACCCGACAUCAUAGGGCUAGCUUGUGAGGCGUAUUAUAAUAUGUUUGAACACAAGGAAAGCGCUUUUGUUCAACAGGCCCUCAAAGCAGAAGUUGUACCAUAUUUACUGAGCUUACUAGAUUGCGGCUUAGAAACUGUUCCGAACGCUGCUUCAACAAAGGCUCAGAUUGUCAAAGCCCUCAAAGCUAUGGCAAUGGAUUUACAACACGGAGAACAGAUUGCCGCUAUACUGGAACAGUCAUCAGUUUGGGCGUCUUACAAAGAUCAAAAGCAUGAUCUUUUUAUUCAAGAUACGAAUAUUGCUGGUUACUUAACUGGACCAGUUGGCACAGCGGGAUAUUUGACUGCAGGUCCUGCUCAUAGUUCUAACUUACCUGAUGCACCUCCGCCACUUCAAAAUUCUUCAAUUCAUCAAGAAGAUGAUGAUUGA